AUGGAAAAAACUGCCAGGACGACCCUGAGCACGGCUCGUCCUUCGGACAAGUGGUCUUCUAAGGGCGGGUGGUACCUCGUGUGCGCCUACUGCGCCUGGGAGACCAUUGCUCUGACGCUAUCGACGCUCUACUCCUUCGCGCAGCCUGUCGUGCAGGAGAGGUAUGGCGUGGGCAACGUCCAGAUCGUCACGCUGGGCCAGUCCAUGCAGAUUAUGGGCAAUAUGCUCGGUGUAUCGCUGCUGAGCCCCAUCUCGGAUGUCUUUGGUCGCAAGAAAGUGACGAUAUUUUCCAUGCUGGGUUACUCCGCCUUCAAUCUAGGCACAGCAUAUGCACCCAAUCUACCGACACUCAUUCUCUUCAUGUUUCUAAGUGGAGCCGCUUGGUCAACCUCCCUCUCCCUCGUCCCUGCCGUCUUCAGCGACUUAUAUCUCGACAGAGACGACAUUGGCCAGCCUAUUGCGCUCUUUGUCAUCGGUGCCAGCGUCGGGCCCACCCUCGGCGGUGUCGUUGCCACGGCUCUCAUGGAUGCCGGGGCUGAUCUGAAAUGGUACUUCUUGAUCACUGUCUUUGUUAGUGCCGCCUGCGCUAUUCCCAUGUCCUUUGUUCCCGAUUCUCUCAGUGUAGGCCGGGCCGGUGAUGGAAGCAAGGCCACCGGUCCGGUUCUGCAGUCUAAGCUCGAUGCCGGUCCACCACCCCGUGGGGGGUGGUAUUUCCUGACGAGGGUUUGGUACCUUCUCGCUACAGAGCCCAUCAUCUGGAUCACGGGUAUCUACAACGGCCUUGCCAACGGUGUCUUUGUUCUCACUGUUGGAGGCUCCAUCACAACCCUAACGGAGUUCAAGGGUUUUUCUCUAAUGGACGCCGCCAUCUCCAUCAUCUUCAUGGCCAUCGGCGUAGUACUCGUAUGGUUCGUCAUGCCUACACAGACCCGCCUCUACAGGGAAGACAAAACACGACAC